GGCGUGGGUUGGCUUAUAUGCGGAAGUUUCAGUUCCGCUCAGUUCACUUCUUCGACACUGACUAACCGAAGUCACGCUCCUCUCUCAACACAAAGUCCGGCUUCACGAGGCAAGGUGCAUCAUGAGCAGCAGCUACAGCGUCUCUCUGGCAGCCCCAGCCCCAUGGGGCUUCAGACUGCAAGGAGGGAAGGACUUUUGUCUGCCCCUCACCAUCUCACGGCUGACAGAGGGAGGCAAGGCAGCCAGAGCCAAGAUGAGUGUCGGCGACAUCAUCCUGUCUAUUAAUGGCAUUUCUACAGAAAGCAUGAAUCAUCUUGAGGCCCAGAACAAGAUUAAAGCCUGCAUGGACCAACUCAGUCUCACUCUGCAGAGACCUCCGACCAUCGCUACCGAUGAAGUGCACAAGGAUGCACCUCAAGAGAUCAUUAAGCCUGUGCCAAUCACUCACCCCGCGCCGAGCACCGCAUACACCAAGCCACUAAGUCAGCCCACUCCUGCAUACAACAAGACAGCUCGGCCGUUUGGAGGGGGCAGCGGUGGGGUGGUCACCUCUUCUUCCCCAGCUUCUUCCAAAGUUGCCUCCAUCCCCUCCGAGUCAUCGGCGUUUACACCGGCUGCCCCCUCUCAGCCCCCGCAGCCUCCAUUUCCGCUGAAGUCCAGCGUCACCCCAGAUUCGGCUCCAGUAAAUUCAGUCCCCAAAACCAGCCCCGGUCGCUCUGCUUUCACCUCACCGUCUGCCUCUUCCUCCUCAUCUAACUCCUCGUCUCCAGCCAGAGUGACAGCCCCCUCUUCCAAUUCUAACGUCCCACAGUCUUCCGUCUAUAACACACCUAUCCAGCUAUACUCCAACGCCAAUGCUUGUGAAGUGGCUAUGGGACAGAGGCGAGGUCUUUUGGAGAGUCAGGGACUGUCAGAGCAUAUCAAUGGGAAACCCGCCGUGGAGCCUGAGAAUAGUGCAUCCCCUCUGAGCGAUUCCAGCAAGAAGCGUCUGAUUGAGGACACGGAGGACUGGCACCCGCGAACCGGAACCUCACAGUCUCGCUCCUUUCGUAUCCUGGCUCAGAUGACUGGCACGGAAAAUGAGCAAAAUCUUGAGAACAGUGGAAAGAGUGAGCCGGUUGUCAAAACCACCCCCACCAUCCACACAUCAUCUGCAGCCAAAACAUAUUCCAAAAGUGCCGCAGCGCCCAGAAAUGGCAAUGUUGUUCCUGCUUCAACAUUUAAGAGCCCUGCAGCACAGAACAAAGCAUCCUUCCCCCCUGGAGGUCUCUCAGGUCUUCCUAAGGUUGGUCCAACCCCUUCAUUUGGCAAAGUUGCCAAUCCUGCUUCAAAAGGUCCGGACCGCCCCACUCCACAGCCACAUCCCGAGGACCUCAACUCUCUGGUGCAGCGGGCUGAGCACAUCCCAGCUGGUACACGCACGCCAAUGUGCUGCAAGUGCAACAACGUCAUCAGGGGUCCUUUCCUUGUGGCCAUGGGCAUGUCAUGGCACCCUGAGGAAUUCAACUGUGCUCACUGCCACUCCUCCCUGACCGAGUGUGGAUUUGUGGAGGAGAAGGACCAGGUGUAUUGUGUGCGUUGCUACGAGCAGUUCUUUGCUCCCACCUGUGCCCGCUGCAACCAGAAGGUUCUCGGGGAAGUCAUGAAUGCCCUGAAACAGAGCUGGCACGUGUCCUGCUUCGUCUGCGCUUCCUGCCAGCAGCCAAUCAGGGGCAACACGUUUCACAUGGAGGAUGGACAGCCAUACUGUGAAAAAGACUACUACUCCCUGUUUGGGACCAACUGCCAUGGCUGCGACUUCCCCAUCGAGGCGGGGGAUAAGUUCCUGGAGGCCCUGGGGUUCACCUGGCAUGACACCUGUUUUGUGUGUGCGGUCUGCUCUGCAACUCUGGAAGGCCAGGCAUUCUUCUCCAAAAAAGACAAGGCUUUGUGCAAGAAACAUGCCCACACUGUCAACAUCUGAUCUGCGAUUGUCACUUUUAACCAACGUAGGACAACAAAGCCUGUUUACAGGAGUUUAUCAGAUGUAAAGCAUAUUAAGAUCUAAAUGAUCUGGUUUACUGGUUUAAGCGUUGUUGUGUAAUAACGGUUGAUCAAACAUUCCACUGUAGCUUUAAAUUUCUUCUAAUAUUUUGUCAAUUUGCUGUUCUCGUUACUGAUUUCAUAACUUUUUUUUUUCUUGUAGCUGAAUAUGCUAAUAUGAGUACAUUUCAAUGCACUGUUAGUAUUUGUAGAUUUUGAAUAAGCAUGUUUGGGAACUGGGUUGAUUUAAUUGUAAUAGAGGCAUGUUGAGCUCUUGAUGAGGCAUUUGUGUUCGGCACAGAAAAGAGUUUACUGCAGUGACCUACUGAGCCCUUCGGAGGGUCACAGAUCAUCAUAAAAUAUUUUGAUGUGUAAAGCUCUACGAAAGCCAGAGCAAGGUUUGCAAAUCUGGAUUAUUUAAUUUAAAGAAGAAAAAAUAUUUAUUUGUAAGCAGGGAUCUCGUGGUCAACAUGUAAUGGAAAUAAACUCAAAAAUGUUAA